CCCCGCAAACUUCAGGUCGGGCGUGCGAACUGUUCCCCGGACGCGUGCCCGCCGCCGCCGGUCGGGCUGACAUCCGAGCUCGCGUCGCAGGCUGAUGUCCAGAGUAUCCAUCACAACAACAACAACAACAACAACAAUAAUAAAACAGAUGAGUUUUGUCUGGAGUCUUAGUUCAGUGAGAAGCUUCUUCGUUAGAGCAACAGCUGAGGAAAUGCCCGGGACAAAUGACGGAGACUUUGAAGAGCCGAGGCAGCUCACCUGCGUCCUCUAAGGAAGUGCAACUUCACAAGGACCCAAUAUUCAAAGGACUGUAGUUUGUUAUUUGUUCAUCAGAGCUGAUCGGCUUCUCUGAAGAGCCUCUCUCAUAACCUCCUGUCAGCUGGACAUACAAAAUCCCUCUUCCACCCUGUCACACACCCUGCAGCCAGCAUGCCCAUCAUCAGCAAUGCCAACCACGACUUCAGCACCUACUCAGUCAGCAGUGACGACAGCAGCCUCGACCGCUUCUUCACUGAGAUCCCGGAGACAGAGACCAUCAAGGGCGUUUACUUCCAGCGAGCGCAGCUGCUUCGUGACCCCAAGGCCUCGUAUGUGGUCGACCACACCCUGCAGGUUCUCAUCAAUGUCGGGGGCAACCGCUACACCUUCCCCUGGAGCACCUUGGAGCAGUUUCCCCAGAGUCGACUGGGGCGCCUUCGCUUCUGCAACACCCCUGAGGAGAUUGCACGUCUCUGCGACGACUAUGACGAGACGUGCCGGGAGUACUUCUUCGACAGAAACCCGACAGCCUUCAGGGUCAUCCUCAACUUCCUGGCCGCAGGCAAACUGCGUCUGCUUCGGGAACUGUGCGCCGUCUCGCUGCAUGACGAGCUCGACUACUGGGGCGUGGACCCGGGUCAUAUGGAGCGUUGUUGCCGUCGCCGCAUGAUCACCCGCGUAGAAGAGGUGGCCGAGAGAGAGCGUAAGGAAGAGCAGUGGAGGCAGAAGAGGCUGAUGCUGAAUAAAAGCCCCAUAGAGGCAGAGAAGGGCUAUCGCAGACUGAUCUGGAUGCUGAGAGAAGUGGUGGAAAACCCUCACUCGGGGCUUGCUGGGAAGAUGUUCGCCUGCCUCUCUGUCAUCAUGGUUCUGGUCACCGUCAUCAGCCUGUGCAUCAGCACCAUGCCAGAUGUCCGAGAUGAAGAGAACCGGGGCGAGUGCUCCCAGAGGUGUCACAGCAUGUUUGUGGUGGAGUCCAUCUGCGUGGCCUGGUUCACGUUGGAGUUUGUGCUGCGAUUCGUCAACGCUCAGAGCAAGCUCGCCUUCGCUCGCGGCCCCCUCAACAUCAUCGAUGCCAUCGCCAUCCUGCCCUACUACGUGUCCCUGGUCGUCGACGUCAGAGAUCAGUCACAGGAGGAGGUCAUCAUGGGCGCCGGCAGAGGCUACCUGGACAAACUGAGUCUGAUCCUGCGCCUGCUGCGGGCUCUGCGGAUCCUGUACGUGAUGCGGCUGGCUCGCCACUCUCUGGGCCUGCAGACGUUAGGACUGACAAUGCAGCGCAGCAUGAGGGAGUUCGGCCUGCUGCUGCUGUUCGUCUGCGUGGCCGUGACCCUCUUCUCGCCUCUGGUCCAUCUCGCGGAGAGCGAACUGGCGCCGUUUGCCGCCACGCACCCCCACCACAGCUUCAGCAGCAUCCCAGCCUCUUACUGGUGGGCCAUCAUCUCUAUGACCACGGUGGGCUACGGCGACAUGGUGCCGCGCAGCAUCCCCGGACAGAUAGUGGCACUGACCAGCAUCCUGAGUGGCAUCCUGAUCAUGGCGUUUCCCGCCACCUCCAUCUUCCACACCUUCUCCCGCUCCUAUCAAGAGCUUAAACAGGAGUAUGAGCAGCUGUGGAAGGAGGAGAGAGAUGAGGAAAUGGCCGCAGAGUCGGAGGCGAGUUGGUCCAAGGUCGAUUUUUCACCAGAUAAGCUCACGUCCGUGUCCAAGGAAGAUAAUGACGAGCUGAUGCGGAGCAAGAGUCAUCAAUCCACACUUCCAUCUACAGCUUUCUGAUGGGCCGGGGAGUUAGCAGACACAUUUAUCCAGUACUAUAUUAAAAAUGGUGACACUCGACUGCGUACUCUGUCCUGUAUCGGUACUUUUAGACUCCAAAGGACUGUUAUAGUUUGGACAGUGUAUUAGCCUCUAAGUUCAAGUCUCUUCAUGUUCUGGAUUCAUGCUUUGUUACAUCGAGGUCCCAACAAACGACCUGCUUAUCCGGUCACGCGAAGCUUCUCACAUAUCAGCACAUUCGUUGUAUGCAGCGCUAUGCUCUAACCCUUUAACAAACUGGCUGAACUGAAGUUUGAAUUCUCCUCACUUUUUGUGUAAGGAAGUGUAAACUACAAUCUUACUGCAACUGUUGUGCACACGUUUACAGAAGAGGACAGAGCAGUUUUUUGGACGAUACGAGUGUUUCCCAGCGCCGGUAGGGAGACGCCGCCGCUGGGAGGGGGAGGUCAUGCUGUAUAGCCCACGGACUCCGAUACAAGGCUUCUCCGACAUGUUCACAUAACGUUGCGAUUUAAGAGGUCCGUUAGCCUAGCUUGCUAACGUUAGAACUGAUUCCCAGUAGAUGUUAACUUGUGUUAGCGGGGACGACCCUGUCUCCUAGAAAUUACAUUUAUAUACAACUAAUUUGCAACAGCAAAAUAAGUUUUGUAGGAAAACAUAAUGGAAACCAGAUGACUAGAUGACAUUGCUGGCCUGGAAGGACAGAAAGUAAUUUAAAGACUUAGGUCGCGUCUGAAAUCCCUUCCUUGUUCACUCGUUCAGUGCUCCCCAUAUAACAGACACUCAAUAGUGAUCAGUGCAUUGAUUAAUUUAAUGGUGUUUGCGUUAAUAUUUCACUGCCGUUGUGGGAUUUUUGCGGGCGGAGGGUAAAUGUAGACGCGUUACGUAGUAAAUAGCGAGUGAUUCCGUACGAUAUGCUGUGGAGAGAUGGACAUCAGCAGAGUCUCGGACGCGUGCUCUUUAAUGUCUAGAUUAAUCUCGUCCUCCGCUCAGACGUCUCCUCUUGUCCCACUGU